AUGGAUUUGCAACUUGCAAGAGAAAAUAGAAUGUUGCAGUUGAAUGAAUUAGAAGAGAUGCACUUAUUCUCAAAUGAAAAGACCAAACUUUACAAGGAGAAAACAAAAAGAUGGCAUGACAAGCAUAUUCAACCAAGAGUGUUUGAAGAGGGCCAGCGAGUUUCGCUCUUUAACUCGCGUUUGAAGCCAUUUCCAAACAAGCUCAAGUCAAGAUGGUCGUGGCCAUUCUUGGUGGUUAAGGUGUAUCCCUAUGGAGCGGUGGAAUUGCGUGGAGAAGGCUCCGAAAGAGAAUUCAAGGUUAAUGGCCAAAGACUCAAGCCCUAUUGGGGUGUAGAAGUUGAGUGA